CUCACACGCAUCAACAGUCAGCUCAUUGACCGACUCGGAUAUCUCCUAUCGAUUGCCUACAGGUGUUUCUCAGCAGCAGACAUGGCAGCAGCAGACGUUAUGUCAAAUCAGAGUGUGGUGGAGAGGGUGACCAGCCUUCCUUUGGUGAGUUCCACUUAUGGCUUGGUGUCCAGCGUUUACUCCAACACCAAGGGCACCCACCCUUACAUCAAGUCUGUGUGUGAGGCAGCAGAGCAAGGAGUGUGGACCAUCUCCUCUGUGGCCUACACCACUGCUUCACCCAUCAUCGACAAGUUGGAACCUCAGAUUGCCAUUGCCAAUGAUCUGGCUUGUAAAGGUCUGGACCAGAUUGAGAAAAACUUGCCCAUCCUUCACCAGCCAUCUGAGCAGAUUGUCUCCAGUGCCAAGGAUGUGGUAACCAAUGCGAAAGAUGUCGUGUCCGGUGCCAAGGGAACAGUGUCGGACACCCUGACCAACAUGGUGGAAAAGACUCGGGGUGCGGUGCAGGAUAGAGUGGACCAGACCAAGGCUGUGGUCAGCGGGAGUGUCAGCACAGUGCUGGAGAGCCGUGUGGCCAGGCUGGUGUGCAGUGGAGUGGACACAGCACUUUCAACCUCUGAGAGCCUGGUGGAGCAGUACCUGCCUCUGACAGAGGACGAACUGGAGCUGGAGGCGAAAACCGUGAAUGGCUUUGACAUGAAGGAGCCGAGCUACUACGUGCGCCUGGGCUCUCUCUCCACCAAGCUCAGAAAGCGGGCAGCCGCCAAAACCUUGGCCAAAAUAAAAGAUGGCAAGCAGCGAAGCGUGGAAUUCAUUUCUGAGCUGAACUCCACUGUUGACCUGAUUGAAUAUGGCAGAAAGAAUAUUGACGGGGCUAACCAGAUGGUAAAUGACAAGCUGAGUUCUUUGGUGGUGUGGAGGUCCAAUGGUCCAAACCAGGAAAACAGUCAUGAGGCAGAGGCCAUUGAGUCUCGCACCUUGGCUCUGGCACGUUCCCUCACUCAGCAGCUCCAGACCACCUGCCUGGUCCUCGUCUCCAGCCUGCAGGGCCUCCCCAACCACCUCCAGCAGGAGGUGUUCUCCGUCGGCCGCUCCGCAACACAGGUCUACAACAGCUUCAGCAAGGCUAAAGUGCUGAAAGACCUGCCAGACAGCGUGUUAACCAACUGCAAAGUCCAGCUGGGCAAAAUGAAAGAUUCCCUGGACAACGUCAUGGAUUAUCUGGUCAAUAACACGCCGCUCAACUGGCUGGUGGGUCCAUUUUACCCCCAGAUUACGCCCAAGGAGACACAAGCUGCAUCCUCCUGCCGUCCCUCCACCCAGCCAUGCCGAGAGGCUCUCAAUGAGAUCGAGAUGGAGUCAAUGGAUUCCCAGCAGCAGCAGCAGCAGCAGCCACAACAGUGAUCUAUGACAGCUUUGUGUUUUAAUCAACAUAUUCUGUGGCAAUAUUUGUGCUUUGUAGUAAAAGAUUUAACUUUUUUUAACCAAUUUUUGACAUAUAAAAGUAGUUCUAUGCCAUUUUCUACUUCUUGCUGCAAUAAUGUCAACAAAGAUGUCAGAUUUGUUAGUUCUGUCUGCAGAUAGGAAAUUGACAUUUACCUGCCAAUGUGGUAAAACAUAACCCUGCUUUUUAUCCCUACAUAAAAAUGUACUGGAAAACGU